GUUGCAAUACUGGACAUUUGAGUUCAUUUAAACACAAAGGUAUGCUUUGUUUCUUUAAAGCUAACAGUAGUGUCUUACUGUUUCUAACAAAACAUUGUUUUCCUGUACAGUGUUUCUGUAUUGCUCAGUGGUUGAACAUUGCAUUAGCAGCGCAAAUGUUUUGUACACCAGGAAAUAUUUAAUGAUUUGUUCUUUACUGAAACUUGAUAUAGAAAACCUGCUUGGCUGGUAGACAAGAACAGAAAGGCCGGGGAUAUCUAAAGAUAUCAAGUAAUAAAUAUUUUGAAUAUUCAUAAUACUGUGACAUUGAAAUGGCUAGCCCUUACAACAUUUGCAACUAUUUUAAAUAUACUAUUUUAAAAUUACAUCUCUGCUGAAGAAAAAAAACAAAAGAAACCAUCUCAAACAUCUCAUGCAUUUAAUGUUUAUAAUGAGAAUUGUAUUGGUUUUAAUGUAAACUAUGAUGGUCUGCUGGUAAUGUGUUUUAUUUAGUGGGAUGAUGGGAACCAAUAGGCCAUGACUAUACGAAUAUGACCCAAAACACUAUACAUAAAGGAAUCUUGUAAUAGUUUUAAUGGCAAACAGCAUAUGGUUCAUAAUGGUAUUUGCAAUGGAAGCUUUUGCAACUUUUUUUAUUCAUUUAUAUUUUUAAAGUACAUCCCUGUUGAAAAAACUUGGAAACCAGUUAUUCUAAUGCAUUUAAAGGGGACAUUUCAUAAGAUUUUUAAAUGUUAAAUAAAUCUUUGAUGUCCCCAGAGUGUGUAUAUGAAGUUCUAGCCCAUAGAUGAUUUAUUAUAACAUGUUAAAAUUGCCACUUUGUAGGUGUGACCUUUUAAAUGCAAAUGAGCUGAUAUCUGCACUAAAUGCCAGUGCCGGUUGGAUAUUGUAGAUUAAGGGGCAGUAUUAUCCCCCUCUGACAUCACAAGGGGAGCCAAAUUUCAAUGACCUAUUUUUCACAUGCUUCCAGAGAAUGGUUUACCAAAUCUAAGUUACUGGGUUGAUCUUUUCCCAUUUUCUAGAUUAAAGGAUUCCUCCACUUUCAUAAAAAAGAAAUCACGUAGUAAUGUAAUUGAAUACUAUUAAAAUAAGCAUUAAAAGUCCUUUACAAGUAGUUUAAAGGAAAACUGCCUCACCCCAUGUCAUCCAAAAUGUUGAUUUCUUUCUUUGUUCAGUUGAGAAGAAUUUAGUUUUUUGUGGAAACCAUUCCAGGAUUUUUCUCAAUUUAAUAGACUUUAUUGGACCUCAACAGUUUUAAUGCAACUACAAAGGACUCUAAACGAUCCCAAACGAGGCAUAAGGGUCUUACCUAGCAAAACGUUUGUCAUUUUCGGCAAGAAAAAUAAAAAAUAGGGCACAACUUCUCGUCUUGCACUAGCCGUGUGACGCGCAAGCGUGACCUUACGUAAUUGCGUAAGCAUGUCGAAUGACGUAUGCAAAACUAGCGUUUACAAGUGUAGAGAAAGAGGACCGUUUUGAUGUUGUUGUAUGUGGAAUGUUACUAAUUAAUGUCUUUGGGUCAGUUUAUUGUUUAAAAUGGAUCCGCAAAUGUGCGUUUCACAUAUUGACGCGUGACCUUUCGACAUGCUUAUGCAAAAGCGCUGGUGCAUCACACUGCUAGUGCAAGAUGAGAAGUUGUGGUUUAAAAGUGCUUAUUUUGUAUUAUUAUUAUCAAAAAUUGUUUCACUAGAUAAGACAUGGGGUGAGUAAAUUAUCAGGAUUUUAUUUUUAUGAAAGUGGAGUAAUCCUUUAAUAGAAGCACUGGGGACCUUUAAUGGUUAUAAUGAGAAUUGUAUUGGGUUUUAAUAAAAACUAUAAUGAUCUUUGUGAGUUUAUACUGGUAAUCUGUUGGGUUUUAUUUGUGGGAUGUUAUCUGGUGGAUGGGAACCAAUCACCAUAAAAUCCUACUGGAAUAAGACCCAAAACACACAAUUUAAGACAUUUGUAAUGGUUUUAAUGGCAAACAGCAGAUAGUUUAUAAUGAAAACCAUAAAAAUGUCUAUUGUUGUUUUUUUUUAGCAAAGAGUACUAACAUUUCUUACUGUAUUUAUAACAGGGAUAAACAAAAUAUAGCAAAACAUACAGAAAGGUUUGGUCCUCCCAAUGGAUCUAUGGGGAAGAUCUUGUUUGUGGGGGAUGGUGGUGGUCGUCAGUGGGCGAGUUCAUACACAAAUCACGCCGUACACAUUUCAAGUGAAAACACGAUCUGUGUAACUUAGUUUAUAAUGCGGAUGUAUGUUCGUACAUUUUUCUUGUGCAUGGCUAUCGCCCUUCUCUCUUUAAUAUUUGUGUUCAGUAAACACGAUCCAGAAACUUAUCCAGCCGGAUUAAAGGAAGUUAAGAUGCCCGUGGGGAACUUCAACAGAGCAAGAGCAAAAGCAAAACGACGACCCGCGACUGCAGCAGGGUCACACAGAUUCGGGGAUGUUAAACACAAAGUGAAUGCUGCUGGACAGCAUGCGACAACGAUGCACCUUGCAGUGGUGGCCUGCGGACAAAGACGAAGAGAAGCGGUCAACAUGCUCAAGACGGCAGCCAUGCUAAGCAGCCGAGCCAUGAGAUUUCACAUCUUUGCAGAGGAUCAGUUGCACGCUAGCAUUAAGGCAACGUUGGAUUCCUGGCCAGCUUUCAUUUCUUUGAAAUUCAGCUAUGUUGUUCACCCCAUUUCAUUCCCGAAUGACCACCACGAAGAGUGGAGUCAGCUUUUCAAGCCGUGUGCAUCCCAGAGACUCUUCCUACCAAUGAUCCUGAGAAAUGUGGACUCUUUACUGUAUGUGGACACCGAUGUCCUCUUCCUACGGCCUGUAGAGUUCAUCUGGGACACGUUGGCACGUUUUAACUCCGCUCAGUUGGUAGCUAUGGCACCAGAACACGAGGAACCUCGGAUUGCCUGGUACAGUCGCUUUUCCCGUCAUCCGUAUUACGGAAAAACAGGCAUCAACUCAGGCGUAAUGCUGAUGAAUUUGACCCGGAUGCGAAUGGCACAGUUCAAGAAUGACAUGACUUCUGUUGGUCUUCACUGGGAUGAGCUACUAAUGCCUUUACUACAGAAAUAUAAGCUUAAUAUAACCUGGGGUGACCAAGACCUCAUUAACAUCAUCUUUCAUUACAAUCCAGAGAUGCUGUUUGUUUUUCCUUGCCAUUGGAAUUAUCGUCCCGACCACUGUAUCUACGGUAGCAACUGCAUCCCGGCUGAGGAGGAGGGCGUGGUCACCCUACACGGCAACAGAGGAGUGUUUCACAACGACAAACAGCCAGCCUUCAAAGCUGUGUAUCAAGCUUUCAAACAGUACAUAUUUGGAGAGGAUCUUCUGAGGUCAUUCUUGUUACCCCUGGAAAUAGAGCUGAACACAACCACGCACACGUACUGUGGAAAAGUGAGUUCUUUUUUUACCAGAGGGCUCGGAAAGUCUGUCAGGAGGAUUCGGAGAGCGACGGCACCGGGUGGAUAAGAGCGACGCUGAGAAGUGGCUGAAUAAAAGCGGGAAUGAAUUCGCAGAAACUGGAUAAAAGCACAACUGCUGUACCAGUCGUGUCUGGGCAGUCAGAUCUAGGCUUAAAAUCCUGGCAGUGCCCCGGGGAGCAAUUUUGCAUUUAAAAUAGGCGUCAAACACAGCACAUAUGUCUAGGUUAAAACAAGGCAAAAUUUGGGCUGUCUGUGAAAACCUAAUAGACACAUCCUGCAAGAUAUUUUUGCAUAAACGACCAAAUUCAAGUUUAUUUUAUCUAGAUGUGUUUUCCUUAUAGCCAGACUAUACCUGGUUUAUAGUUAACCUAAACAGUGAAAUGAUGGCUGAUGCUUGCUGGGGCAGAUUUACUGGACUUAAGACUGGAUGGUGGCCUUAGUUGAAGUUUUAAUGGGUUGAUGUUUACACACAAAGUAAAAAUGAAAUGUGCAUUUCUACUGAUACGUUUUAAAGUCCCUUACGAAAAAUAACCAUGGUUUUACUACAGUUAAAACCCAAAAACCUGGUUAUUGUAGUAAAACCAUGGUUACCACAAAAUACCCAUGGUUUUCAAAACUAUAGUUAAACCAUGGUUAGUGUAGUAAAACAAUGGUCUUGCUAAUAGUAAUCAAUACACCAAAAAAAAAAAACAUGGUUACUACACAAAAAACAUGGUUAAUUUUCGUAAGGGGCGGUAUUUGCUUUAAAUUUAUUUAUACUGUUAAACCGUUAUUGAAUGUAUUGCAGACAUAAUGUGGGACAUACUUGACAAUGUAAUUAUGUGUUUGUGUAAAAUA